AUGAAGUCUUUCCUCUGUGCACCAGGCCGGAGGAAGAUGACAUUGGACAUGAACAAUUUGUAAAUUAUUGUAAGUAAAAUGCCGUCAUUUGGCGCAGCAGUGGACACUUCAUAGGCGUAGCGUUUCAGCUCGCUACAGGAGCCGCACACCAGCUCCACAAGCCCAGCGCGCUAGCGGUGAAGGAUCACAUGCACGAUGGCAUCGGAAAGCGAGACCAGUUCUUCUGACCUGAAACAACGUGUUGUCAAUUUGGAGCACCAGAACGUCCGCACUCUACAAGAUGGGAAUAAGCGGUGCUCAGAACUGGAAACUCAAGUGGCCCACUUGCGCAUGCUUCUCGAGCAAAAUGAAGUGGCCCGUCGACAGUCUGACCUGCAAGCGGCCACUGUCAAGGGUGAUGCCGAGAACCAGGCAAUGGCACAUGCUAACGAGUUUGCUGCCUUGCUUCGUAGCAAGCAAGAUGCCGAAGCUCACCUCACAUUUGAAUCCGACCGCGCUAAAGAGUUUGAAGUGGGCCUGACAAGACUCCGUGCCGAGCAUGAAGAGCGCACCGCACACUUUGCUACCGUUCUGCAACAGCGUGAAGCAGAGCUCACUGCUGCUCGCGAGCGAUGCACCGUGGCCACGUCCGAAACAUCUUCACUGGAAAGCAAGCUGGCGGAGCAGACCAGUUUGGCUUCAACACUCCAGGCAAGAGUGGACCGUUUUUCCAGUGACAAUAUGACUCAACGAGAAACUAUUGCUAAGCAAAUGGAGCAACUAGAGAUGGCCAUAGGCCAAAAUCAAGGCCUCGCUGCUCAAGCUAAGGAGCAAGCUGAGGAGCUUGUGGAACUAAGGGAGAAGAUUGAAGCGGAGCGCUCCUCUCACCUGCAAUCUAAGUUCAACUGCGAAGUGGUCCAGCUGCGUCUCAGAGAUGUCGAGACAUCUGCCAAGGCCGAGAGAAGUGCUAGGAACGAGGCAGCGGUGAACUCCAAUCUCUUGCUGGAGCAGCUACGAGAUGCAAAGGAACGGCUAGCAGAAGAACAGACCACCGUGAGAAGUCUUUCCCAGCAGUUGGCCGACUGCACAACGACAUGCACCACCACGGAGAAGACACACAAGGAGACUCUCAGUCGUCUGCAGCAGGCCGAGCAGAGCCUGUCCAAACAGCUGUCACGUGCCAAGGCAGAGUGUGCCAAUGCCAAGACAGAUAAGGAGAAGCUGGAGUCCAGUAUUACACAGCUCCAUCAACAACUACUGACGCUGAUCCAACACGUGGAGAAGUCCGUACAGCGCAGUCAUUCCACACUCAGCAAAACCAGGAGAGUUGGCUUGAAGAAGCAGCCGAGUCGCUUCACUGAUUCCAGCACAGUGACAGAUGCUGACAUUGAUGAGCUGGUCAGAUCACUUGCCACUGUUGUGGGUGGUUACGAGGAGAAGAUAUCCAAGUUGUCCACAACUGUUUCAUCUCUUGACGCCAAGCUAAAGACUACAUCGGAACAGUUUGACAGUCACCAACACAUGGCCACUGAAGCUGACGUUGCACUAAAGAAAGCGCAGGUCAGACUGAAGGAUCUGGAAGGUUCACUACGUAACAAAAGCAGCACUCUGGCUGACAAAGACUUGCAGUUGCGGCAGACCCAGAGUAUGGCGGACGACUUACAGCGCCUGCUGCAGGAGGAGAGAGGCAAACUCCACGCUGCCGAGCUGGCCAAUGCACAGGUGGAAAGGCUACACGCCCAGCAAAUGGUAGAUGCCGAGGAGGCAAGGAGUCAGCAGCUCCAUGGAUUGUGUUUGCAGCUUUCGUUAGCUGCUCGGUCAAGUGUGGCGUCUAGCAAGACGAAGGAUGGAGCGCUGUCCUGGAAGAAGCUGGUGCACCGCUUGGAAUCGGAUAUUGGCUCCACUCUCGGCAGGAUCAAGUCCUCCGAUGAGAAGGUGAAGAGAUUGGAGGCUACACUGCAGGAACGUGAUGUGGACAUCAAGAGACUGCAUCAACUGCACGAGGAGAGCCUGGCAAAGGUAUCCGCUGCCACGUCAAGUCGAGAACAAGCCUGGCAGCAGCAGCGUGACAAGCAGGAGAAGCACAUGUCCGAGCUGAUGAAGGAGGUGCAAGCUAAAAUCCAGGAUGCUCACCUGAUGCUGUCCAACACUGAAGCAGAGCUGCAGUCAGUUAGCCAGGAGAGGGACAAGUACAGGCAUGAGCUGGCCACAUCACAGCAGACUGUGGGAGAGCUCAAUACCUGUUGCCUGGCUUUGCGGGGUACUUCUGCCUUGCUGACGGGCUGUGUGUGGCCGCUCUGUGUUCGUCUGCGCUGCAUGACACAAGCAUUGGCUAUCACCGUGGCUCACUCACAGCGCUUGGAAAUGGCAGCGUCACUAGCAACACAGCUUGCUGAUGCGGUGUCAGAGGAGCUGGCAGCAACAUCGUCGUCGGCUGGCAGCAGUGCUAGUCUGGACAGUGGUGCUGGUGUUCAUCGGCAUGCUUCGGCGACAAGAAGGACAGCAUCUGUACGACUGCAUCCACUGCUACGCUUUCGUAAGUCGGCCAUUGCUGUCCUGGCGUUCAACCGCUUCCGGCGUGUCCUGCACCAUACCAGUGUCCUGUGCAUUGUGCGAGAUUGUCCUGGGGGCCUGGGUCAGAGGCUUCCUGUUUGGGUGUGUGGAGCGAAAGCUAGCCUUGACACACAUGAUACCAUGCCUUCAUCACGUGCUCCUGCCGAUGACGGGCGUGCUUAUCAGCAGAACAGACAGCAGAAGCUCAGCGACUGGAUAUCCUUUGUCCGGAGUCCAGAGUUCCUGGCGAAGAUGAUGGCAUCCAGUGAGCAGCUCUCCGCCCUGCUGCAGGACUUGACAGGCAUGCAGCGCGGUCGUAAACCGUCAGCAACACUGCAGCUCUGUGCUCGCAAUCAGUUAUCAAGCGUUCUCCGCAACGUCAGCGCUCACUUUCAGGCGACCUCGCUGUGGUCGUUUGACGACCAGGGUCACUGGUCUCUUCUGCAUGCGUUACGUGAUGGCCUUCAUCAUGGCUUAGCUCGUAUUGCCAAGGCAUCAUCUUCACAUGCCAACUUUACAGUUUACCAACAGCAUGUAAGUGCUAUGUCAACCAUCCAGCAGCAUGUCAUUAACCUUGCCAACCAGUUGCAGAAAGCCGAGAUCCAGAGCCACCGUCAUCAGCAGAAAGUGCUGGAGCUGCAGCAGGCACUGAAAAAUGCCAACCAACAGUUCAGCCUGACGAACAAGCACCUCUUAUCUGCUGAAAGGAAGGCAUCCAACCUGGUGCCAGUGGAGAGAUUUGACAGCGUGUGCACUGAGAUGAACGCUGGCCUGGAACGCGAGAGGCAGCAGCAGGUGGAGCUGGCUCGUCAGAGAGAUGAACUGCUGCAAAGCAAACACAGGCUUGACUCAGUGCAAGCAGAGAGGCGGAGGCUGGACACUGCACUUCAGCAAGCGAUACAGGACUUGAAAGAUGGGCAUCAAGCAGUUCACAGCACCGAAGGAAGCCUUUCGCUGGCACGCCAACAGUGCAAUGGCCUACAGCAACAGGAGGCAGUCCUGCGUGCAAGACUUUCUGAGCUUCAGAACUCCUUGGUGGUUACCAAUCGGGAGAAGACAUCUUUGCUAGCCUAUUUGCAAGCAGUGAAUUCGGCCAUGGAAACCAUCCAGGACUCUGACCUGUCUGGAGAAGACGCUGCUAAAAUUCUGAAGUCGGCCUUGAGUUCAGCUCGUGACAAGCUGCAGGAUGGCGGUGACUUCACACAAUGCAAGAUGACUUUAGCUAGCAUGGUGGAGGUCUUGUUAAGUUUGGCUAGCAAGCUGGAUGCACGUGAGCGCGACUUGGCUCUGAGCGCAACGCACAUCAAGACGCUGCGCCGAGAACUUAGCUCCGCUUGCCGCCGGCAGCUGAGUGAGGCCACAGUGCAGCUGGCCAAGUCCGUCGUGGCCGAUGACGAGGAUGGUUUCUAUGGCGAAGUGGAUCUGUCUAAGCUGGGACACUUUCUCGGAGAGCAGUCGUCCCAUUCUACGGGAACGUCACAAGCGACUAUUCCCCUUCGUGGACAAGCGGACAGAUCAUCAUUCUCUCAUAGGACGCGUCACACCCAACUGAGAGAUCCCACAAAGAAUCAGACUGAUAACUUAGAUGUCCAGGGACUCGGAGCAGAUCUCUCUGCUAAGCUUUCGGCUGCCAUCGCCUCAUCUUGAGCACUUCCUCCACAACUCAACUGCAACCAAACAGCUGGCAGCUGUAGCAUCAUGCGGUUACUACUGAGUCACCUGUCAAAGUCCGGCAAGAAGAAGCCAGAGAAGAGAGCAUGUGUUGCCUCCAUGCAGCCAGGUUUGAUAUGGGAGCAGGCCAGGUGCUGUACCACAUUCUCACUGGGUUUGACCCGGGACAACUUUUUCACCCUUGAGAACAAUUUCUCAACUAGUGUUGGCAAUUGAGGAAAGCCCUCCACUUGUGUGGCAGUAGUAGUAUUAGCGGCACCACUACAAUUCACCUAGUGACACGUGACCACUAUGCGUUUCUGAAUGCAGCACUGUGGUACAUGUACAUGUACAACUGUUAUUAGCAAGAGUACACCAGUCCAUAUGAUUAACAUGACUACGUGUAAUUAUCCUAUGAUGCACAGAGAGAGAGAGAGAGAGAGAGAGAGAGAGAGAGAGAGAGAGAUUGAUAAAAAAACGAUUUGUAUUUUCCUUUUUCUGCUAGAUUGCGAGAGAGAGAAAUCCUGCUACCCGUUGAACGAGAAGCAUACUUGUACUUGUAAUAUAUUAGACAUUCUGUAGUUUCCAAGUAGUAUGCUGUGCAGCAGCUGGCGUUACACCGCAGGACUGUACAGAGUCGUUUGCCGACGGCAUGAGUGGAUAGCUCCUCCAGUUUGAGCCGAAGUUCACUCUCAGCCAUGACAAUGUGUUGAGCGUCUGUUGUUAGGUGGUGUUGUCCUUAUGUCGAGGCAGUUUAAAUUUUAGUUUGUGCGGCUCCUUUUUUAUCUGAGCUCAGCGUGCUCACUUUGAUGGUUGAA